GUAUACAGUUUUGAUCACAUAUUUUACCAAGACGCCACACAGCAGAAGAUCUAUGACCAAGUCGGUAAACCCAUCCUAAGUGAGGUUCUGUGCGGCUAUAACUGCACGAUUUUUGCCUACGGUCAGACCGGUACUGGUAAGACCUAUACAAUGGAAGGCGACCUUGAAAAUGCAAACGGCAAGCCUGCUCCUAAUGCCGGUAUCAUACCACGCAUCAUAUGUGAUCUGUUUGAAUGCUUGAAUGGGAGGGAUGGUGAACAUAUCGUAAAAAUUUCCAUGUUGGAACUAUACAAUGAAGAAUUACGCGACCUUUUAUAUCCUGGUGAUGAGAAUAAGACGUUAAAUAUAUACGAUGAUGCUCAAAAUGGUGUCAAAGUAUCAAACAUCCAUGAAGAAGUCAUCAUUUCUGCCGCUCAUGGGCUUGACAUUGUAAAAACAGGUGUUAAAAAGAGAAUGACUGCUGCCACAAACUGCAAUGAAAAAUCAAGUCGCUCACAUUGUAUCUUUACCAUCAACAUCACAUUACAAGAAAAAAAUGAUAAAGGCGCCAAAGUGUAUUGUACAAGCAAGUUGCACCUUGUUGACCUGGCUGGAUCAGAGAACAGCAAGGCAUCAGGCUCAGAGCACCUCAGAGCAAGAGAGGCUGCAUCCAUCAACAAAAGUCUGCUAACCCUUGGCAGAGUGAUCAAUUCUCUUUCUGAUAAAGCACCCCAUAUACCCUAUAGAGAAAGCAAAUUGACCCGUUUACUAAAAGAUUCCCUUGGCGGUCGCACAAAGACAUCUAUCAUUACAACCAUCGACCCACUAAGUCAAAGUAUCGAAGACAUGAAAAAUACAUUAGAUUAUGGUAGCCAUGCUAAAAAUAUAUCUAACGUUCCC